AUGUCAGGACCUGAGGCUACUACAACCUGCUCAAGCCCGUCAGCAUCUUCACACACUGCAUUCCAACAACUUCGCCUACUGAGACUGCAGCACCUGGGUCUAAGACAAGCACCCUCCGCUACUGCAAAUACAACGUCUCCUGAAGCUCCGGCAUCUAUACCUGGUGGGGAUACGAAAUCUACAUCUGCUGGGGUUGUACCAUCCGUAGCCUCUGGCGAUGGAACACUCACAUCUACUGGAACCACAGCACCUUCGUCUCAAACAACUUCGCUUGGGUCACAAUCGUCUGUGGGAAUCACACCUACUGUGUCCCCCAACGGCACACACAUAGGCACGACCACAGCCUCCCCAAACCCUUCCCCCAAGAUAAAUGCUGGGACCGUCGCCGGUGCCGCUAUCGGAUCAGCCGUAGGAGCAGCAAUUCUUGCAGCGAUUAUAACCUAUCUCUUGAUGCGCUCUCGUCUGCAUGCGAAGAGAAGAGUUAACUACACUGACGGCUCCUCGCCUGAGCGUUCGAAUGUUGCAAUGGAUAAGAGCUAUUUCGCGGGUUCAGUACGAAAGGGUGUCGGAUCUGGAGACUGGACAAGGCAUCUUCCACAACCUGCCGAUGAUGAAUUCAUCACUCGAACUAUCGAGACCAUUUACCAGCAGAUCGAGCUUCACGUUGACAACUUCUACAGCAAUGCCACGCCCUCGUCGGACCGUGUGUCAGAGAGUGCUCGGGCUUUACUGAGCGAGAUGGAUACUGGCCUUGUCCGUCCUCCGCUGCCAGAAGCAAUGACGAAGUAUAGGCACAAGAAGACGUUGGUCAAACAGACACUUGCUCGUCUGAUCCUCUCGAACAUUACCAUUGAAGACGGUUGUCCAGGCUCUCUUCUGCCUCGAGAUGUAGCAGAGCUUCAGAGGUCCCUACAGAACGUCAAUGAUCACCAGACAAAGCCUGCCACCUCGAAAGCACUUGCCUACACUCGCGUGUUGACCAGUUACCUGCGUCCCACACCGUACGAAGACCAAGCUUUGCUCGCACGUCGUGAUAGCACGAUCAAGACCAUGGCAACCACGUUCUCUACUGCAUUCGAGCCAUGGUCCUCUAAGGACACGAGCUCCAAGAGUCGGUAUACCAGCCUUGUCGAGAUCAUGCGUGGAGCUGCCUCUGGUGGUUUCUUGCUGUUCUCCCAACGCGCCACUUACAACUUUGAUUGGGACUUGAAGGAGAAGAGCAUUGUGAAUGGCAUAGUAACUCUGCCUGGGUUUGCAAAGGUUACCGAUGACGAAGGACGCCCUAUGAAGAGGAUGUUCGUGUACAGACCCCAGAUCGUUACGCAGUUGAAGUGA